AAUCAAGCAUGAACCAACGAAAGCGAAAAAUCAUCCCCGAGAACGACAACGACACACAACCAGACAACAACCUAUGGAUAACGGAAAUCGAACUUCCAAACAGUCACAGUGGAACUCUUGCCGAAGUAACGUCGCGUGGUACCGUUGUAGAUUUUUUUGGAGCAUAAAACCAGGAAAAGCAGAGCAAAAACUCGGUUUUGCCAUAUAGCUCUCCGUCUCCACAGACAGCAAGCGUCCCAUACCCUUCAGAAACUGGCAACCCCCUCCCUUGAUUAACUCAUACAAACUCAACCCCUAAGUUCAGGUUCAUUGUGUGUAUAGUAAGAGACACAUUUUGGAUGUUUUUGUUUUGUACAGGAUGAAUUAUUCAUUCCUCCAGAAUAGGUAAAUAGUAAAAGUUCGGAUAGAUUCGUUGUGAUCGUUCGUCGGUCGUUCGCUCGCUCGCUUGGUCGGUCGGACAUAGCGAUACGCGCCGCGCGGUCAUACAUUCUAACACACUCACACACUAAUUUAGACACAUUUCGUCACACAGUUACACACACACUCAAAACCACCCCCUCUGCCACCCACCUUUGGCGAAGGUUGAAAACAUUAUCCUGUUACCUGUAAUCAAAUGUGAAAACAAGCAAACAGAAAAAAGGAAUCAUUUCCAAGGACUUUCGCUCCUUCUUGUAUCUCAAGGAUUAAAUUGUCUGCGAAGCUCAGUCGAAUUGUUAGCAAUUUGUUGCAAACUUUACGACUUUCACAAGGAGUUUUCCUUUUCUGGCAAAUUUGUGUGUGUGUUUUUGUACAAAUUACGCUGCUUGUUUGUGUGUUAUUCGACGAAAUAUGGUCCUUCGAGCCGGAAUUUCCCUUUAGUCUCGAAAUUACAUUCGUUUUUUUGAUAUAAAAUCAAAAAUUUAUUGUGAACAAGUUUGUGUGUUCCAACAAAUAAAAAAAAGGGCAAGUCAUUAGUAUCAAUUUAUAAUGAAAUGAAAUAUUAUGAUGCCGAAGUGGUGGUGAAUAGAAUAAGAUAGAAGAUACUUAAAGAGAUACAAAGAAUUAAGGAAAAAAAAGUUAUUCAAUAUUGGAUUAAGCUGUUGGAUACAUUUAUGCCCAGGGGAUUUAUCGAGUUUAUAAGAUUUUAAGACUUGUCACUUCGACACCAAGUAAACCGGACAACAGCGCAGAAUACAAAUUUUUUCUUGCUCCAAUAUCAUGUGCAAGAGUACUAGACACCGCCACCACCACCAACCCGCCAUGCUGAUGUGUCCAAUGCUUUUAGCAGUUAACCCAUUGAAUUAAAAAAAAUAUAUAUAGAAAACAGAGUAAAAAAUAAAGCAGGCCAACCGCACAUUGUGGGAUUUGCUGGCCUACUUUGAGCAAAAAAAAAAAACCAACAAACAAAAUCCCCAGUUCCACGCAUUGGUUCUUUUUAUAGUUAGUCGCUUUGCUUUAGGAUCAAUAAAAACACUAGAACUGCUGGGAGCCAGGGACCGGCAGCAGAGAGGACACCAAAAACCCCUCGAAGCUCGAAACCAGUGAUAGGAACGAGGCAAUGGUUGUGGUGGUAGCAGUCUUAUAGACAGGGACUUAUUUUUUCUCUCGUCCAUCCGUCAGCGAGAAAAUGCUUCCACCAACAAAAAGGACGAAAACGCCAUCACCGGUACGAGCAGCAAUUGGAUCGACGACAGCAGCCAUAACAAUUCUGCUUGGAAAACAUUUUUAUAAUCGAAUUGACGGCGGCAACAGUGGCAGUGGAAACGGCAGCGGCAGCGACAACAUCAGCAAAAGCAAAAGCGGCAUCAACAACGUCAUUCAUCAGAGCAGCAGACCUCGUGCGAGGACGAGGGCGUGUAGCAAUAGCAACAGCAACAGCAGCAGCAGCAGAAAUCGCUUUGUCCAGGUGCUUUUGUUAACAUGGGCUGGUGCUUUGCUUCACAUUGGCCCAACAGGAGCCUUGGAUAUCGCCACAUGCAAAAAUCCCCUCGGUAUGGAAUCCGGUGCUAUUGCGGAUUUUCAAAUCACAGCCAGCUCAGCACAUGACAUGGGCAACGUUGGCCCCCAACACGCAAGACUGAAAAUCGAUAACAAUGGUGGAGCAUGGUGUCCGAAACACAUGGUUUCGCGUGGUCUUAAAGAGUAUCUACAAAUCGAUCUACUUCAAGUUCACGUGAUAACGUCAAUUCGCACCCAGGGACGAUUUGGCAAGGGUCAAGGACAAGAGUACACCGAAGCUUAUGUAUUGGAAUACUGGCGUCCCGGAUUCACGAAUUGGAUCAGAUGGAAGAAUAUCCAAGGCAAGGAGAUACUGCCAGGCAACAUCAAUACAUACAGCGAAGUUGAGAAUGUUCUACAGCCAAUUAUUUUUGCCUCAAAAAUUCGCAUCUAUCCUUAUAGUCAAUACGAUAGGACAGUGUGUCUGAGAGCCGAGGUUGUCGGAUGUCCUUGGGAAGAAGGAAUUGUAUCUUAUAGUAUACCGAAGGGUGUUCAGCGUGGUAUGGAAAUCGAUUUGUCCGAUAAAACCUAUGAUGGCCACGAGGAGGGCGACAGAUUUGUAGAUGGCUUGGGUCAGUUGGUCGAUGGCCAAAAGGGAAAGGAUAAUUUUCGAACGGAUAUUCACGGAUUUGGAAAGGGUUAUGAAUGGGUUGGUUGGAGAAACGAUACUCCAGGUCUUCUAGAUAAACACGUUGAAAUAGUAUUUGAAUUUGAUUCGGUGCGAAAUUUUAGUGCAAUUGUUUUACAUACGAACAACAUGUUCUCAAAAGAUGUUCAGGUCUUUGUUCAUGCUAAAGUUUUCUUUAGCAUUGGUGGGCGUCAUUUUACCGGCGAGCCAGUACAAUUUUCCUACAUGCCAGACACGAUCCUUGAUCAUGCCAGAGAUGUGACAAUCAAAUUACAUCACCGAAUUGGUCGAUAUUUACAAGUGCAUUUAUAUUUUGCUCUCAGGUGGAUAAUGCUGAGCGAAAUAUCAUUCAUCUCAGUGCCAGUAGUGGGAAAUUUCACGGACGAAGAAAUAAGCGGAAGUACGUCGCCCCAAGAUACACCAGAGUACCCACUACAGAGGGAUGAAGUUCAAACGAACCCCAGCAAAGGAGAACGCAGCCACGUACCACAAAUAAUUUCACCGAAACCUAUCGACCAGGAACCGGAACCAAAUUUCGUUGGAGCGAUAAUAGCCAUACUCACUACAAUCAUCCUUUUACUAGUGGCUGCUAUUCUGUUGAUAAUUGCCAAGAAUAAGCGUGCGAGAGGAAGCAAUGUCCUUGAUGCAUUCCAGCAUACCUUCAAUCCGGAUUCGUUAGGGGCUGACAAGAGGCUUAAUAUAAACAUGAAGAAUUGCCAUCUAUUUCAGGUUGCGAUGGACGACAGCGAAUCAAUCGAUAAGAACAGCCUUUACCAUGAGCCCUUCAAUGUAAAUAUGUACACAAGUGCGGCAAGCGGAUGUUCCAUGAAUGAUUUACAACGGCAUCAUGUUACACCCGACUAUACAGAUGUUCCGGAUAUUGUAUGCCAGGAAUAUGCCGUCCCACAUAUGCAGGACCUCAUCCCCAAAAUACCGGGUGGAUAUGUUGGGGUACGCAUGACACCGCCACCACCACCAUUGAAUAAUAUAUUCCCAAAACCGCCACCACCGGUCCCACCGCCACCCACAGAGAAAUAUUAUGCAGCCACAGCGAUUUGUAAGCCAAUACCGAAUGGCAAUAGCAACACUGGCACUGGCAUUGCAUCCAAUACCGGCACCGGCACCAGCAGUCUGAUGGGUGUUGGUGUUUCAACUGGAGUUGGAGGUGGAGGAGGAACGGGGGUCAACACGGCAGCCACAACUCCGACCGGGACGAUAAAUUCAACCCCAACAGCUCCACCGAUGAAUCCUUAUGGUGAUGUCGAUGCAAUUUCCACCGACGAGGAUCUAAUACAGCUGCAGGAAUUUCCAAGGCAAUCCUUAGUUAUUGUCGAGAAAUUAGGCUGUGGUAUCUUUGGUGAAUUACAUUUAUGCGAAACCAAAGGAUUAAGCUCGAAUCUAGUUGCGGUUGCAACUUUACGUCCUGGUGCUCCAGACCACAUGCGAAAGGAAUUCCGUUCGAAGGCCAGGCACUUGGCACAUCUUAAUGAUCCAAAUGUGGCCAAAAUACUGGGCGCCUGUCUGCGGGACGAGCCAAUUUGUAUGGUUCUCGAUUAUAGCAAUUGUCUGGGCGAUUUGAAUCAAUUCCUUCAGGAGCAUAUAGCCGAAACUGGUUUAAAGGGUGUGCCCAACAAAAGUUUGAGCUAUGGAUGCUUAGUUUAUAUAGCAACACAAAUUGCAUCAGGAAUGAAGCAUUUAGAGCAAAUGAAUUUUGUUCAUCGGGACCUUGCAACAAGCGAAGAGCUUAUCUGCUCCAGGCUCCUACAGGGAUAUAUGUAUUAUUUAUAUGGGGAUUGUGUUUUUGGGGAUGCUAUUUUGUGUGAAAUGGAUACCGGAAAUAGGAAGUGUAUCUCCAAAUGGUUUUUAUUUUUUUUUUUUAUUUUUAUGUUUUAUGAUCUAUUGAUUCAUAUACGAUUUGUUUGAGUAUACUUGGUAUGUGGAUGGUUGUAUUGUAUUUCGGAGUGAGAAUGGAAAUUUAAUUGAAAGAGCAGUCGAUGUCUUUGGUCGAUGUCGAUAUUUCUAUCGAUAGAUGAUGUGAUGGCCAUAGCCACUAGCUAUAUUGGAAAAUGUAAUUUUGUAAGGUUUAAAUAUCCAAUUCGAUUGAUGAUGGUUUUAAUUAUCCAAUGUGAUUUUAGAGUUGGAGAGGAGGAAAAAUUGGGGAGGAUGCUAUUUUGUAUCAAGGGACAUGAUAGAGAAAAUAUGUAAAGAUAAAAUGAAUGAUGUUGAUUGAGUUUCAGAAAGUCUCUUUAUCUUCAAGCAAAUGGAAUUUGAUUUUAUGUUUUCAAAAGUCAACUCAAGAUUGAAAAUUUGAUCAUUAAAUUAUGAGAACAAAAUUAUUUAGUUACAUUUAUGCAUAUUUGGAAUGUAGAAUUUUUGGUGUUUAAGUGAAAAUUAAAAUAGUUAAUACCAACAAUGGGAAAUAUUGAUUUUGUUCAAAUAAUAAAUUGAUUAUUUGUGCUAUAUCAAAGCCGUGGAAUGUUAGAUUGAUUUUGAACUCUUAGUUGUUAGAAUGUUAAAUAAUAUUAUUUAACAAGAAUGUUUCAAUCUAAAAGCAAAAUAAAACUCAUGACGAUGACGAAAUAAGACAUUCACACUUGUUUAAAUAAAUAAUAUUGUAUAAAAUAUGUACAUAUAUGUAUAUUUUAAAUUAGUUAGAUUCGAUUGAUUUUUAAACAAAAACGAAAUUUAAAACUAGAUACGCUCCCUACAUUU